UUCACAUGCAACCACCCCCACCCUCUCUCUCUUUCUCACUCGCGCGCGCGCGCGCACACACUCGGCCCGAGAACAAAAGGGGUUGCUGCUCCCCUGCCAUGAGCAAGGAGAGAAAGAAAAGAAUGGUCGCUGAAAACCAAAUCCAAGAGUACCUGACAAUGGCAGAGGUGUUGGAGGAGCUGAAGAGAAUGAAGGCCAUAGGCCUCCCCAUAAUUGCCAUCAACCUUGUGGGCUACCUCAAAGGAAUGGUCUCGGUGGUGUUCAUGGGACGUCUGGGUCGCCUCGAGCUCGCGGGCGGCGCCCUCGCCGUCGGCUUCACCAACAUCACUGGCUACUCUGUCCUCGCCGGCCUCGCCAUGGGCAUGGAGCCCAUCUGCAGCCAGGCCUUCGGCUCCCGCAACCUCCCUCUCGCGGCGCGCACCCUCCGCCGCACCAUCCUCAUGCUCCUCGCCGCUUCCGUCCCGAUCGCCAUGCUCUGGAUCAACCUCCAGGCCGUAAUGCUCGCCCUCCACCAGGACCCCGACGUCGCCCGCGUCGCCGCCCGCUACUGCCGCUUCGCCCUGCCGGACCUCGCGGCCAACAGCCUCCUCCACCCGGUCCGCAUCUACUUACGCAGCAAGGGCAUGCCGCGCCCUCUCAUGUGGUGCCUCUCGCUCGCCUUCGCCCUCCACGUACCCCUCACCGCCGUCCUCAGCUCCGCCCUGGGAGUGGCCGGCGUCGCGAUCGCCACCUUCAUCACCAACUUCGACACCAUCAUUUUCCUCCUAGCCUACGUCACGUACGCCGGCAUCCCCGACGAUCCCAUUUACGCACCGCUGCCGCCCUUGCCGACGUCGGCCCCGAGCAAGCCGACGGCCGAGUGGGCAUCCCUGCUCCGGCUAGCUCUGCCCAGCUGCUUAGGUGUCUGUCUGGAAUGGUGGUGGUACGAGCUCAUGACCAUGGCCUCCGGUUACCUUAGCAAGCCUCACGUCACCCUCGCGACGUCGGCUAUCGUCAUACAGACGACGUCGUUGAUGUACACGCUGCCGGUGACGUUGAGCGCGUCCGUGUCGGCCCGUGUCGGAAAUGAGCUCGGUGCAGGCCGGCCGCGGAGGGCGCGGGCGGCGGCGGCGGCCGCCAUGGGCCUUGCCGUCUUCGGCUCGUGCCUUGCCUUGCUUUGGACCAUCUUGGGGAGGGAGGCUUGGGGGAGGGUGUUCACCGAGGACGUCGAGGUGCUCGAGCUCACGAAGACUGUUCUUCCGGUGAUCGGGCUCUGCGAGCUAGCCAACUGCCCGCAGACCACCGGGUGCGGCGUCCUACGCGGCAGCGCCCGGCCGGCCGUCGGCGCGGUCAUCAACCUCUACUCCUUCUAUCUGGUGGGGGCGCCGGUGGCCAUAGUCCUGGCCUUUGGACUCGAUUGGGGCUUUGUGGGCUUAUGCCUUGGGCUUCUGGCGGCCCAAGUUGUCUGUGCCAUCUCUGUGACUUCUGUCGCUUUUCAUACGGAUUGGGACAGCGAGGCCUCCAAGGCUCUGCAUUUGGUGGGUACGGGAGAGGUUCUACUUGAAGGCCCAAAAGACAUGGCCCAAGAAGAGAGUGGGAUUCUCACACAAGUGUUCUGCUAGACAUGGAGCAAAGUGAAAUAGCAUGCUCAGUUAUGGAUGGUAGCGAUGCAUGUACAUUUAUGUAACCUUAUUUUGUCUACUAUAUACCAUGUCCUUACAAGCCUUUGAUGUGAUAAAGGCCAUCAUAUAUAUAAGCAUUAUGGAUUACAAAUUAAUACGAGUACGAGUCUCUA